CAGACUUGUACACAACUCGUCGACCUACAAACUGUGGAAGCACGAAUACAGUGUGCUACAAGAACACGGGGACGAGAUCUCUAGCAAAAUCUCGUCCCCGGCCGUUCUCGUGGAGCUCGGGAGCGGAGCUUCCUCCAAAACCCGCCUGGUUAUCGAGGCUAUGUUGAAGCGACACGGAAGCUUCACGUUCAUUCCAGUGGACAUAGCCAAGGAGUUUAUUGAGGACUGUGGGCGGCAGUUGGAGAGGGACUACCCGGGACUAACUGUGGAGCCGUACGGUGGGUUGUACAUGGACGGGGUACGGCACAUUGCCGCCCGCCCUGAAGCCAAGAUGCUCCUGUUCCUGGGGAGCAGCUUCAGUAACAUCCCGCUGGUGGAACAACUGAAGAUGAUGGUGGAUAUAAGGAUGCGACUUAGCGAGCAAGAUAGGCUUGUCCUGGGAUUGGACAUGAACACUGAUCGAGAGGCCCUGUCCAGGGCUUACGAUGACCAGUGGUCGCCAUGGUUACGGGACAACUUCAUAUGUCGUUUGAAUCAGGACUUUGGUGGGGACAUGAAGAAGGGGAAAUUUGAGUACACCUUUGAUUUUGUGGAGAACCCAGCGGAUGGCGACACACCCAGCUACAUUCAGCUGUCUCUACGUAGUGUUGGCAACCAACAGGUACACUUUGAAAAACUUUCGCUUGACCUUGACUUCCAAGAUGGCGAGAGGAUCUAUCUGGCCGAAGGGAUGAACUACAGCUGCAAGUGGAACCUAAAGCAGCUGCGCCGCCUAGCGGAAAGGAGCGGCUUUACAGUGGAGGCCCACUGGGCCAACAAUGAGAACACCUACUGCAUCGUCUGUUUUGCACCUGCAGAAACCAUCGCUUCAUCUGCCUAAUCGGGAACUUACACAGUCUACUGUUGUAAUAAACAUGUAGCUAUUAUAUCUAGGGCAGUUUUGGUGAAAGUUUUGGUGAAAUGUUUGGUAUAUGUACUUCCACUGUGUGGACUGGUCUAAAAUUAGAAAAACAUAUUGUUUUAGGGGUGCUAUAGUGUAAGGGCGACAGGGUGAAUCGUUUCGACAAUGUAGAAAUUAUAGCAGAGUGCAGUAGAGGAAUGAAAAUGGCACCAAAAUAAACCUGUUAAAUCA